UAUUUUUUUAUUAUUAUUAUUAUAAUAAAAAAAUGUCGUGGAUUUUCACCAAGGGUUCAAAAACCUUCAAGCCAAAGCGAAACAUCCCAGAAGGCACCAAGCAAUACCAGCUGAAAAAGUAUGCAGAGGCAACUCUUGGCUCGGGCAACCUGCGGCUGGCAGUGACGCUUCCUGAGGGCGAGGAUCUGAACGAGUGGGUCGCUGUCAAUACUGUCGACUUUUUCAACCAAAUCAACAUGCUCUAUGGCACAAUCACCGAGUUUUGCACCGCUGAGGAAUGCCCCGUCAUGUCCGCAGGGCCAAAAUACGAGUACCAUUGGGCAGAUGGCCAGAAUGUCAAGAAGCCCAUCAAGUGCAGCGCACCUGAAUACAUUGACUUUUUGAUGACCUGGGUUCAAGGACAACUGGACGACGAGACUAUUUUCCCGUCCAAAAUUGGUGUGCCAUUCCCAAAGUCCUUCCAGGCAACGGCCAAGAACAUUCUCAAGCGCCUCUUCCGAGUGUACGCUCACAUCUACCACUCGCACUUUAACAAGAUCGUGUCCCUCGGCGAGGAGGCACAUCUCAACACCUCGUUCAAGCACUUUAUCUUCUUUGUGCAAGAGUUCAACCUGAUUGAAAAGAAGGAGCUGGCUCCCCUCGCCGAGCUCAUCUCUCAGCUCACCAACAAGGAGUAACAGCGAACGCCAUCACAAUGAAAAAGCACCAAAAAUAUUCCGAACAUCCCAACCCUUUUUCGGGGGGUGGGGUGUUCCUCGCUCGUUACUUCUCGUGUAUUAUUUUGUCAGUUACCCUUUUUUUUUUUUCCCGCUUUGUCCAUCCUCCUCUUCUUCGUCUUAGCCGUCCAUUUUCUUUACCUUGUUUCCGCUCUUUUCGCUCUUUCGGACAAAUACGGUCGCUCGUUUCUUUUAUUGUACUUCUUGACUUUGUGUUCUUACACUGCUGGAUUGUCAUCCUGUUCCAUUUGAUUUUAUGGAAUUGCCACGGCUGUACUUGUUCCUUGUUGGAUGUGUUACUGCUGCUGCUGUUUGUUGUCCUGGAGCGAAUUUUUUUUGUUUUCUUCCUUGUUUGUUUUGUUUGCUUGUUUUUACCUCAAAAAAUUGCUUAAUCGUCAUAACUGCUCGAUAUUGG